CUCAGCAUCCACUAAUUCCAACCCUAAACGACGACAGCUAAACUUUUUAGGCGGGCUGCUGACAUGCACACUAUUAUUUGUUACGCCACUUGUUGUCUUCCCAUUGGUUGACUUUAACGGUCAAACAUCACAUGCGCCAAACGUCCCUUCCCUCCUUCAACGGCAGUUAGGCAACAGCCACCAUCUUCAAAUUUCCCUGUUCCUUUUUAAUGCAUGGUGCUGCUUUCGCUAAUUCCAUCGCUCAGUUCUUGAUUCACUCUGAGUCAAGUUGAAAUGGGGUUUUCGAAAUUUUCCAAAUUCAGUUUCCUCUUCUUGAUUAGCAUUCUGUUCGUGGGUGCCUCUCAAGAGGGUACUGAUGAUCCAAUUGCCAAGGAUCGAGCUUCCUUGGUUUCGUUCAUGGCGGGCAUUGUGUUAGACCCAAAACAUGCUCUUGGGAAUUGGGACCCCAAGAACGUUCAUGUCUGUGAUUGGCUCGGGGUUCACUGCGACAAUGAUCGGAAUCAAGUGGUGCAACUUAAUCUCUAUGGAAAGUUACUCCGUGGCACCCUUUCACCUUCUCUUGCCAAUCUUUCGUCUUUACAGAUUCUUAAUCUGUCCAUGAAUUUCUUCGAAGGUCGAAUCCCGGAAGAGCUGGGGUCUCUAGUUCAGCUCAAGAAAAUUAGUUUAUCAUCGAACCUUCUCGAGGGGAAAAUCCCAGUUGAGUUGGGUCGUCUUCAACAAUUAGUUUUCCUAGAUUUUGGGAGUAACAGGCUGGUGGGUGAGAUUCCGAGGCCAAUUUUCUCCAAUCUUACGUCCUUAAAAGUUCUUGAUUUUUCGAGCAACUUCCUUGAAGGACGAAUUCCGGUAGAACUGGGUUCUCUGUUGCAGCUUAGACAACUCAGUUUAGCAUGGAAUCUUCUUGAGGGGGAAAUCCCAACCGAGUUGGGUCAUCUUCAUAAAUUACAAUACAUUAAUUUACAGAGUAACAGGCUCACGAGAGAGAUUCCAGCAGCACUCUUCUGCAAUGGGUCUAAUGCUUUGCAGUAUGUAGAUCUCUCUAACAAUUCUCUCAGUGGGGAAAUACCACUGAGAAAUGAGUGUGAGCUCCGAGAAUUGAGGUAUUUGUUACUUUGGUCCAACAGAUUGGUGGGAAAAGUUCCUCGAGCCCUUUCCAACUCUACAAAACUCAGAUGGCUGGAUCUUGAAUCAAAUAAGCUAACGGGGGAACUGCCAUCUGAUGUUAUAAGUAAAAUGCCGCAGCUGCGGAUCCUCUACUUGUCAUGCAACCAUUUUGUCAGUCAUGAUGAGAACACCAACCUCGAACCCUUUUUUGCUUCUUUGGUUAAUUCAUCUAACUUUAAGGAACUACAAUUAGCAGGGAAUAAGCUUGGUGGGGAGAUACCUACUAUUAUUGGUGAUCUUUCUACCAAUGUUACGGAGAUUCAUCUGGGUGACAAUCUGAUAUAUGGGUCCAUUCCUCCUCAUAUUUCUAACCUUGUCAAUGUCAGCUUCUUGAACCUGUCUAGCAACCUUUUGAAUGGAACCAUUCCACCUGAACUCUGCAGGAUGCAAAAUCUAGAGAGGGUCUAUCUGUCAGAUAAUCUUCUAUCCGGUGACAUUCCAGCUGUUUUGGGAGAUAUCCCUCACCUGGGUCUUCUGGAUUUAUCCAAGAACAAGCUUUCAGGGAUAAUUCCAGAUAGCUUUGCUAACCUGCCCCAGCUGAGGAGACUUCUGCUCCAUGACAAUCAGCUUUCAGGAAAGAUCCCACCGAGUCUAGGAAAAUGGGUAAACCUGGAGAUUUUAGACCUCUCUCACAAUAGAAUUUCUGGGACGAUUCCCAGUGAAAUUGUAGGAUUGAGGAGCUUGAAGUUGUACCUGAACUUGUCUUGCAAUCUGCUCCAUGGGCCCUUGCCACUAGAGCUAAGCAAAAUGGAUAUGGUGCUGGCAAUUGAUCUUUCUUUGAACAAUCUCUCUGGUACAAUCCCUUCACAACUUGGAAGUUGCAUUGCUCUAGAGUCUCUCAACCUUUCAGGAAAUCUUCUUGACGGUCCCCUGCCGGCUUCAAUAGGGCAGUUGCCUUAUCUGAAAAAGAUAGAUGUGGCUUCAAACCAAUUGACUGGAGGCAUACCACAAACUUUUCAGGCAUCAUCAUCUCUGAAAGAGCUAAACUUCUCUUUCAACAAGUUUUCUGGGAAUGUCUCAAGCAAGGGGGCAUUUUCAUUGCUGACAAUCAACUCUUUCCUGGGAAAUGAAGGCCUUUGUGGAUCAAUAAAAGGCAUGCCAAGCUGCAGGAAGAAACGUUUUUUGCAUUCAGUUCUUUUGCCAAUCCUCCUGUUAUUCUUUGUUACUCCUGUAUUUUGUAUACCUCUGGUGCUUAGAUCAAGGUUCAGAAGAAGACUGGAAAUAUUCAGUGAAGGGGACUUGGAAGAUGAGGAAAAAGAAAUUAGGAAAGAGCUCAAGUACCCAAGAAUCUCAUACCACCAACUCAUUGAAGCCACUGGAGGGUUCAGCCCUUCCAGCUUGAUUGGUUCAGGUAGGUGUGGUCACGUAUACAAAGGAACUCUUCCGGACAACACAAGAAUAGCCGUGAAGGUUUUGGACGUGAAGAAAGCUGGAGAACUAUCAGGGAGUUUCAGGAGGGAAUGUCAAGUCCUAAGGAGGACAAGGCACCGAAAUUUGAUCAGGAUCAUUAAAAUCUGCAGCAGGCAAGACUUCAAGGCUCUUGUCCUUCCUCUGAUGUCAAAUGGGAGCCUGGAGAGGCAUCUAUAUCCAAGUCAUGGAUUAAACCGUGGCUUGGAUUUAAUCCAGUUGGUGAGCAUCUGCAACGAUGUAGCUGAAGGAGUGGCCUAUUUGCACCAUCACUCGCUAGUUAAAGUUGUGCACUGUGACCUUAAACCCAGCAAUAUUCUUCUUGAUGAUGACAUGACUGCUCUGGUAACAGAUUUUGGGAUUGCAAAGUUGGUUAAAGGCAUUGAUGAGAGUAUAUCUCCAGAUGAUUCAAUGUCCUUUAGCUCAACGGAUGGCUUGUUAUGUGGAUCUGUUGGCUACAUAGCUCCUGAGUAUGGAUUAGGCAAACGUGCUUCAACUCAGGGUGAUGUAUACAGUUUUGGGGUCCUUCUGCUGGAAAUUGUCACAGGAAGGCGCCCAACUGACGUUCUCUUCGAUGAAUGUGCAAGCUUGCAUGAAUGGGUGAAAAGUCACUAUCCAUACCGGCUUGAACCCAUUGUAGAACAAGCAUUGACCAGGUGCUGCCCCACAGGGAUGCCUGCUUGUUAUGACCAAAUCUGGAGAGACGUUAUCCUGGAGUUAAUUGAACUUGGCCUUAUUUGCACACAAUACAACCCUGCAACAAGACCAACCAUGAUAGACGUAGCAAAUGAAAUGGGCGGACUGAAGCAGUAUCUCUCUACUCCUUCCUCCAUGCUGAUUGAAGAAGCUCCUCCAAAGGCUGCUGCUUUCUGAUCAUGGAAAAGAGAUGGAAACGGCCUUUUAGUUUCCAAAUUUUCAAUAAAAGUUGAUCAUUGUAUUCAUUUGUUUGAUUACCAUUUCCCCUCUUUUUUUCUUGGUGAAACUGUAAUCAGCAAUUCACUUUAAACUCAAUAAAAUACAUGUCAAUAA